AAACACUCCAACACAGACACCACCCCCAAACAUGGAGCCAGCCAGCGUCGCCGCGCUGGUCGAAGACCUAGAAAACACCAUCGACGACCUCGAAGACUCCCUGCAACCUCUUGUCAAAACUCAUCUCUCCACCAGCACAAGCAAACUGCCUCUCCUCGACAAGGCGAAAGCCUACGUCCUCGCCACCUACGCCCUCGAAUCCAUCCUCUUCUCUUCCUUGCGAUUGCAUGGCGUCGAUGCCAAGGCUCACCCUGUCUUCCAAGAGCUGGCGAGGGUGAAGGAGUAUUUCGGCAAGAUCAAAGCCGCGGAGACGUCGGGGGCUACGAGGCCGCAUGCGACACUGGACAAAGAGGCGGCGCAGAGAUUUAUUCGGCACGGGUUGGCGGGGAAUGACAGGUUUGAUCGCGAGCGAGGGGCGGCGGCAGGGACGAUGGGCAACGGUGGAGCGAAGAGGAAGUUGGAGGAUGUGGUUGGGAUGGGGAAACAUACGAAAUUGGAUGGGGUUUCGAAGAGGGUGAAGGCGGGUGAGGGUGCGGGAGAAUAUACUGCUUCUUCUUCGGAGGUGGGGACGCCGGAUGCCAGUGCGAGAGACACAGAUCCGGAGAUGGCGAAGGCGGAGAAGAAGGCGGCGCGGAAGUUACAGCGGAAGCUGGAGAAGAGGCAUGCCAAGUUUGCCUCAAUUGACGAUGCGUCGACUUCGGAGGUGGUGGGCAGUGAUGCUGCGUCUGCAACACUCUACGCUGAUGGCUCGAGCGAGCAUGAGAGUACGACUGGUGGGGUGGAUGAGCAGAGGGCGUGGAAGAAACCGGGGAAACCGCGACACAAGAAGAGCAAAGGGAUGAAGGUGGCUGGGUAGAAAUCAGAGGAGAUGGAAUGGGACGGAGUGAAUGCUCAUGGACUGUGUUUGCUUCGAUGCGAUGCGUUAGAUAGCGUUCAAUGAUACCCAUGCUCACGUGGUUGUUUUAGGCUCGCCCGUGGUAUGGCAUGUGCGGGAGUGACUUGCGCACAUUGCGUGCAUGCCCUUUCUUUGUUCACCAAAGCAGCAACUCAAGUCAAACAGUGCUGAACGAGAGAUCAUCAAUUCCGUACACAUCACAUCCACAUCACAUCACGCCUCGCGGUGCCGGGGGGCGCGUGCAUUAGCGCGCAAAGCAUCUCCAAACCUUCCUGGCCCUAAC